AUGGGAGGAAGUUUUAUAAGAAAAACUCGAAAAUUAUGUUUUGUAUAUUUUGUGGUGAUUUGUACUUUAGGGCAACAUGUUUUACAAAUUUAUGCUGAAGAAGAUUCAUUGGCUGGAAGUUUUUUGACAGGUUUAUUGGAGACAAUAUCAAGUACAGAAAAUUCAAAAGACUGUCCAGGUGUAUGUGUUCACGCGUUAGCCACACUUAUAUGUUACGAUGUCCUAGAAGAUGUACAAUGUAGUUCCCCAUCAAUGCGAUGCUGUAUUGAGUCAGCGCCUGCGAACGAGACAAGCAUCGAUAAAGUCUCAAAUUCAACGCAUCACACGAACGUUUCCAAUAAUAAUAAAAUUCAUGAGAAACCAACACAGAAACCAAUUGUUUCAAAUUAUAAUGCUGCUGCGGCUGCCGAUAAGGAAGAAUCGAUGAACAAUAGUUAUAAUAAUAGCAAUAAAAAAGAUACAGAUAAUGGUUCAAAUCCGUGUCCAGGAGUUUGUGUAGCAGAACGAGUUGCCGAUUACUGUGAAGCGAUAUUAGUCUCCGAAGAUUUAUGUAAACCACAUUCAAGAUGCUGUGUAACACAAGAUUUAUACGGCGAUAAAAAACCAAAUAAUUUGGUUAUACCAAAUAAAAAUAAAAACGGCCAAAACAGUCAUAACGACUCACAUGGAGGAGGUACAACAGUCAAACACACAACAUCGUAUUACCAUCAUCAUACGACAACCCCCUAUACACCAUAUAUGCCACAUACGUCACACAUGACACAAGCACCCCCAAAAACAGCACUCCAACAAAAAUUUCGACCAUGUAAUGGUGAAUGUGUAAGUGGUUUAUUUGCCUUGUUCUGUGAUGAUGUAAAUUCGGAAGCGGAUUGUCCGGGUGACGCAAGCUGUUGUGUGACACAUUCAUCCACAGAUCAUGUAACAACGACCCCAAAACCAACGUCAACACCAAAACCUCAAUUGCCACGAUGUCCUGGCUUCUGUAUACAUAACAUAAUGGUGGCAUUCUGUGAACGACCAUCAAUUCUAAUACCAGAUACAUUAAAUUGUAAAAAAGAAUUUAUGUGCUGUGACAAUACUAGAAUACCAGUGACCCCAAAACAAAAACCACGACCAACACCACAAACAACAACACCAAUUCCAGUUACACAAAGGCCAGACAACCGGACAGACUGCCCUGGCUCAUGUAUUGUAUCGUAUUUGUCGUUUACAUGUUUCAGAAAUGCUGAAAUGACAGAUUUAUUCAAAUGUCGAAAACCUGGUACUCAAUGUUGUGCUCCAAAAUCAUUAAUAAAGGAUGUUUAUGGUACCAAAUAUAACUCGUCGUUAUCGCAAAGUCAUUCAGAUCAUGUCACGGAACAUACAUCACCACGUAUUGAAACACCAAUUAUGGCCACGUCACGGCCUCAAACACAAGUGCCAGAAACUACAACACAUGUGUAUCCAAUGAGUGUCCCAAAUUCAACUCGAUCGCCAGUGUACAGCAAAUACGUUUGUGGUGUGAAAGGUACGUCCAGAAGUGGGCGAGUUAUGGGUGGCGAAGAUGGAGAACAUGCCGAAUGGUGUUGGCAAGUCGCUUUAAUCAACUCCUUGAAUCAAUAUCUAUGUGGAGCAGCUUUAAUCGGUACUCAAUGGGUCUUGACUGCCGCCCAUUGCGUGACAAAUAUUGUCCGAUCUGGGGACGCAAUUUAUGUACGAGUUGGUGACCAUGAUUUAACUCGAAAGUAUGGAAGUCCGGGUGCUCAAACUUUAAGAGUUGCUACCACAUAUAUUCAUCACAAUCAUAACAGCCAAACGCUUGAUAAUGAUAUAGCGUUGCUUAAACUCCAUGGACAGGUUGAAUUAAAAGAUGGCGUAUGUUUGGUAUGUCUUCCAGCACGAGGCGUUAACCAUGCGGCAGGAAAACGAUGCACUGUUACAGGAUAUGGUUACAUGGGAGAAGUUGGACCAAUUCCGUUGCGUGUACGAGAAGCAGAAAUUCCAAUUGUAAGUGAUGCGGAAUGUAUUCGAAAAGUGAAUGCGGUUACUGAAAAGAUAUUCAUUUUACCGGCAAGUAGUUUUUGUGCUGGCGGCGAAGAAGGUAACGACGCAUGUCAAGGAGACGGCGGUGGUCCGUUAGUUUGCCAGGAUGAUGGAUUCUACGAACUUGCCGGAUUGGUCUCAUGGGGUUUUGGAUGUGGGCGUGUUGAUGUACCGGGUGUUUACGUUAAAGUAUCAUCGUUUAUCGGUUGGAUUAAUCAAAUUAUCAGUGUUAACAAUUUAUAA